UGAGUGCUCUUUCUACCCGCGACAUGCUGUCUUCGAUUUUUCCGCGUCGCCGUCCUGGGUCGACUGUGUGGAUUGGUGAUAGCGCGUCUACUGUGCACGCGACCAGCGACGGCACUCACGUCUACAACACUCGCCCUCCCCUCGCCGAGGAGACUUUCCUGUUCAUCGGUGACGGUCGCAAGUUGAAGGCGGAAUGUUUUGGGUCGCUUGAUGUGGUGUUCCACUGCAGGGAGGAUGUGCUGGUGACGAUGAAGGAUAUAGCGGUCGUGCCCGAUCUUGCGUUUGACCUCGUCUCCCUCAACGUCAUUCAGGAGACCCACGACCUCCUCUUGAAUAGCGCUGGCACUUGGAUUCUCAACGGUCGCGUGCAUUUUUCGAAGCUCCCCACCGGCAACUACAUUCAGGCUACUCGGAUCGCACAUGGCGCCUCCCCACCUGCGAUGGUGGCGGCGACCGUGCGGCCUGGGCGGCCCAGGAGCAUCAACAUCAACGAUCUGCAUGUUUCUCUUGGCCACACCAACGACGCGAAUGCACGGGAGACCGCGAAGCAGCUGGGGAUUCAGGUGACCGGUACCCGGGGAUACUGCGCUGGCUGCGGUGAGGCGAAGGCGAUUCGACGCAGUGUUCCGAAGGAGACGAAAGCAAAGGCGGGGAGGCCGUUUGGGCGUCUCUUCAUCGAUCUGACGGGCCCAUAUCCGCCGUCCACCGGUGGCGCUCGGUACUGCAUGAUGGUGGUGGACGACUACUCCAACGUCGGAUGGACGCUGUUUCUGGCGGACAAGGGCGGUUCCACUCUGUGUGACGCUUUUCGCGCGUGGGAGGAUGUGCUGGUGACGAUGAAGGAUAUAGCGGUCGUGCCCGAUCUUGCGUUUGACCUCGUCUCCCUCAACGUCAUUCAGGAGACCCACGACCUCCUCUUGAAUAGCGCUGGCACUUGGAUUCUCAACGGUCGCGUGCAUUUUUCGAAGCUCCCCACCGGCAACUACAUUCAGGCUACUCGGAUCGCAUAUGGCGCCUCCCCACCUGCGAUCGUGGCGGCGACGGUGCGGCCUGGGCGGCCCAGGAGCAUCAACAUCAAUGAUCUGCAUGUUUCUCUUGGCCACACCAACGACGCGAAUGCACGGGAGACCGCGAAGCAGCUGGGGAUUCAGGUGACCGGUACCCGGGGAUACUGCGCUGGCUGCGGUGAGGCGAAGGCGAUUCGACGCAGCGUUCCGAAGGAGACGAAAGCCAAGGCGGGGAGGCCGUUUGGGCGUGUCUUCAUCGAUCUGACGGGCCCAUAUCCGCCGUCCACCGGUGGCGCUCGGUACUGCAUGAUGGUGGUGGACGACUACUCCAACGUCGGAUGGACGCUGUUUCUGGCGGACAAGGGCGGUUCCACUCUGUGUGACGCUUUUCGCGCGUGGUACGUUGACACCAAGCAGUUGGCGGGGACUCACGGUGGGUUAGGCGUUGCUCGCUUUGAUAACGGGACCGAGUUCACCAACACCGAAUUCCGGCACUUGCUGUCUGAGCUCGGAGUUGCAGUGGAAUUCACCCCCGUCGAUGGUGCGAAGCGCAACGGGCGCGCGGAGCGGAAGAUCGCGCUUGUCGCCCUCGCGGCGGGAACGGAGACAUCGACAGCAGCUGGAGCGGCGGGAGCGGUGAUCAUCCCCACGGCGGGUGCUGGCGUAGCGGCGGGGACGGAGAUUCUCUCGGAUGGGGCGGCGGCACCGGUGGUGGGGGCAACGGCAGGUUACCAUCCCGUGACGGCGGCGGUGGAGCUAGAUUGGGCUGACAUAUACCACGCACCACCCGAGCGGAGGAUGACUCACCGGCAGCAGCACGAGGUGACGCCUGCCGUCACGAGGUCGGGGUCUCGCAGAACCGGUAUGCCAGGUGCUUUCGCGCUGCUGGCGGCGGAUGAGCAGAUGACCCGUUCUCUCAGUGGCCCCACAGCUGACAUCGAUGACCCCGCGUUGCCAAAUGGUUUGGUUGCCGACUUGGAGACUCCGGAAACGUACAAGCAAGCCCAUGCCGGACCGCAUGAUGUCAUUUGGCGUGCGGCGGAGCGCAAGGAGAUUGCUGGGCUUUCGGCGGCGGGGACGUUCGAGACGAUGGCGGCGGGGGAUAUCCGUUUGUUAGCAGCUCUUGCGUGUGAGUUGGGUUUGGACUUGUGUCAUUUCGACGCGGAGCAGGCGUUUGUUCAAUCAGAGUUGGUGGAGUGUGUGUACCUCCGUCUGCCGCAGGGCUGCGGUGCUCUUUCUGGUAAGAUUGUUCGUCUCCGUCGUAGUCUCUACGGCUUGAAGCAAGCAUCCCGCACGUGGCAUAAACACUUGGUGAGGGGCAUGAAGUGUCUGGGUUUCGAACAGUGUGCUGCCGAUGCUUGCGUCAUGCGCUUGAUCGAAGAGGGGGUUGUCGCCAUGGUUGUUGUCGUCCAUGUCGAUGACAUUUUUUCCAUCGGGAAGAAGAGUCGGUGUGAGCAAUUUGGCAGGGACUUGAACGAGUACGUUCCCAUCACCAACCUUGGAGAACUUCGCUUGUACGCUGGUAUUCGCUUUUCGCGUGAUUUUGCUCAGGGCACCAUUACGCUUUCUCAACAGACGUACGCCACCAACAUGGUCGCGAAGUUUGGUGUCACCCGUAACAAAGAAACCCCCAUGGCCGUUGGCGUGAAGCUUGAGGAGUUUGAUGCGUGUGAACCCGACGUUGAAGAGCCGUUCCGUUCUUUGGUGGGGCACUUGAUGUGGCUUGCGAAUCAAACUCGCCCGGAUAUCCUCAACGCCGUCCGGGCUGUUGCGCGGUAUUCUUACGCGCCCAAGUCCGUGCACUGGAAGGCUGCGUUGCACAUGGUGAUGUACAUUAGAUGCACGCGUGCGUACGGUAUUACAUUACAGCGGGGUACGGCAGGUGGUGUUAGCUUGGAGGUGUACGUGGAUUCGGACUACGCUAGCAAAGCGACGGACAGGCGAUCUGUGUCGGGAGGUGUUGUCAUGUGUGCGGGGUCCUGCGUGUCGUUCUUCUCUCGGACUCAGAAGAGCGUCACGCUGUCUUCUACGGAAGCUGAGUACGCUGCGAUGGCCGAUGGCAUGAAGGAGGCGAUUUUCUUGCGGUAUCUCUGGAGUUUUAUCUCUCCGGAUGGGGAUGUAGGGUGCACUGUGAUCAAGGAGGACAAUGUCGGGGCGCUUCAUUUGGCCAACAACCCUGCCACCACCCCCAACUCCAAGCACAUUGACGUCCGCCACCAUUUUAUUCGGGAGCGUGUUGACCGGGGGGAGUUCAAGGUCGUUUAUGUCCCGUCGCAUUUGCAGCACGCCGACUUUCUUACGAAACCACUGCCCAAGGAGGCGUUUUCAGUACACCGCAACUUUGUCAUGAACCUUUGAGACCUUCUUGGUUGGGCUGUUUGUGUCAUGUUUAUGUUUGGCGGCAUUUAUUUUGGCUGCUGUUCGAUUUUUCUUAAUGUUGUUUGUGUGUUUUGCUGGCACUGCUGUCGAAAAUCAUGGGGGGGGAUGAAUGUGAUUGUGAUGCCAUGAUCCUCGUCGCAGUACAAGCAGCGUUCUAGCAGACGUUCGGGUUUGGUUUUUGUUCAUUUUGUAAACGUUUUCCCCGUUUUACCUGCGGAAAAUGAGAAUUUCUUGUUUGUUUCCGAUUCCGCGUUUUACCUGCGGCUUUCGGAGAUAAGGUCAUGAUAUUUGUUUGUUUUCUCGUUGUUAGUAUUCGAGAGUUGUGCCUUGCAUGUAUUGCUAUAGGACGGAUUGAGUUCCAUGGUCGGAGAUAUGUCGAAGGGGAGUCGUCAAUCGGUAUAUGUUUUGUAUUCUGUUUCUUGCAAUCCAGACGAAAUACUGGAUGGCUUGCAUUUUCUGUUUCGGGAGUUAUUUCAGCAGGGGGGCUGUUAAGCUUUUGUGUUUUGGGAGAUGAUGCAGCAGGAGGGCUGUUAAGCUUUUGUGUUUUGGGAGAUGAUGCAGCAGGGGGGCAGUUAAGCUUUUAUGUUUUGGGAGAUACUGCAGCAGGAGGGCUGUUAAGAAAUCCAUGUCUUGAUGUUUGAGAAACGGCAUAAUUGGUGAAAGUUUCCUCUGGCGUCUUCGACCGCCGGGUUUUUAACCUUUGUCUGUUUUUGCCGUAUGUAUUUGGUAUUGAUGGUGGUUCUGAACGAUGUACUGGAGGAAGGAUUUGGCAUAUUUUGGUAAGACAUGGUUGAGGCCUGUGUGCUUCCGAAGCUUAUUUUACAUUGGUCAAUGAGUUGAAACACAGUCUUGUGCGAGAAUUUUGUUCGAGGUAUUUGUUGACGCGUUUUGCCAAACAAAGUUGUCCGUCCAGAGUCUUUAUGACGUGGCUCUGAUGUAAUGUUGAUAAUUUUCAAGUAUUUUUCCAAGUAUGAUUCUUUGUUUUUGACUGCUUGAGAAUGUGGUGACGACGUUUUCUCGAGAGGGGUGCUUGUUAAGACUCUUAGUGAAGUUCCAUAGUCAUAAGAAGAAGGAGUAACCUGAAAUUUGAGUAUUCGAUAGAUCCGGGAGUUGAGAUGAUUUGUGGAUACAAAAGGUGAAUGGUUUGAAUUGUUGCCGUUUUACUUGGCGAUAUAUGUACGGAGGAGUUCGUAGAUC